UGGUUCUGCUGGCAUUACCUUGAUAAAGGCAAAUUUAAGGAAAAAUCAGUUUUGACAAGAAAAAUGCGCCUGCAUUUUGAAAUUAUUUGUAUGUUUGCCGCAUUAAUUUAGUUUUGAAGAUUAUAAUAAACGUGUGUUUUCAUAAUAAUUAUCGCUUACAUGUGGAUAUUGUAAAAUUCAUUGUAUGUAUGUAGGUACAUAACAACAAUUUGAAUGCAAUCUUCCACGGUGAAAGUGCAUAAUAAACAUUAAAGUAUCUCAAUAAUUAGAAAUACACAUUUAAAUAUAAUAUGACAAACACAAAAACUAGAAAAACAAGUGGAACUUGUAAAGAUUCGGUGCACGUCAACAACAGUACAGAUUUAGGUGCUGGUGAAAACGAAGACCACACUAACGAAAUCGGUGGCGGGCAUUGGAUGGAUGUUACUGACAAUGAAUGUUUAGCGGGGAAUGAUGCAAAUUACAGCAAUAGUGAUGAAGAUACAGAAGAUGCAGAUGAAAUUGUUAACGAUGGUGAUACUAGUACAUCGUUUAGUUUGCAAGAGUGUAUGAAUGAAUUUCGAGCACGUCGAAUCCGACGUACAUCUUUAUCUCAGCAUCGUCAAGAGACUGAAAAAAGUGAUACAAAAAGCGGUAAAAAUUGUCAAGAAACUACCGAACUAGAUUUAAUUAACCAAAAUCUGUGCAAUAAGGAACAGGAGCGUAAAUGUAAACCAUGCCAGAAUGGAUUCUGCUAUUGCUUUACAAGCGAUAGCGGUGAUGGUGGUGCCAAUUUGGGUGGUUGUCAUGCAUCUCGAGGCUUGCAGACUAGAAACUCUCGACGCAACCGACGGUCGGAUUGCAGCCAGUUUUCAAAUACUAACAAAAGACAUACAAGAACUUUAAGAUCUAAAGAAAGGGUUAAAGAAGACAUUUCACUUCCUUGCAAAUAUCCGGAAAAUAAAACAGAUGUAAGCUGUGUUAAAAGUACAAUGACAGCAAGAAAUCAAUUAACAGCUAUAAGUUGCCUUGAGACUAGUACAAAGGAUGCUCCUCUUAUACACAUAGUACAAGAACUUCGAGACAACUGUGUUAUAUCUAAAGUCAGAGUAAAUAAGCAUAAGAUACAAUUUCAAACUCAAAAUAAUAAAAGUUCGAAUGUAAAAGAAACACACAGUACAGCACAGAAAAAUGCUCACUAUAAGGAUCAUACCAAAUUAAACAAAGCAAAUAUUCACAAGAGAUCAUUUCACAGAUCUGCGCCUGAAAAAUUUACCCCAACUGCACCAACAUUAGAGAAACUAUCAGAGAUGGAAAUUCCGCAAACAACGCUUGACAUUAAAUCUUCCCAAAAAGAAGCAAUUAAAAAAUGUUCCGAAUGCUGUGAAAGACGUCGAAAUGUAGGGGGACAAUUAUUGCAGAAACGAUUGUCGAACUCACAAUUUAGCUAUAAGCCCAGAAAUAUUAAACAGGCUCCACCAAAGCCACCAAGAAGUUCUCUUAUUUAUGACGAUAAAUAUUGUGGAUCUUCUGCCUCAACUUCUCCAUCGGUGCGUGAAGCUGAACGAGUGGUAGAUAUUUUCUUAAAACAAAAAGGUUUUACAGCCACCGUUGAUGCUACUACUAACAACGACAUAAAGUCAAUGAAAAUCACAGAGAAAGCAAAUAAAACAAAACACGUCGAAUAUGUUAAAAGGAAAUCCUAUCCAAUGACUCCAAAAGACAUAAAAAAUCAAACCGAAAAUAUUCUUUCAACAUAUCCAUCACUAAGCGAUAUGGAAAGGGUUGUAGAAUCCCAAAAGUCGGCACUCUAUGGUAAAAAUAUCAGACCAGUGGCGAAAAAUACAACCAAAGUAAUGAGUAUUGGUUGGAAUGAAGCAAAGAUCAACGAUAUGCUUAAUUAUGAUGCAAAUACGAAACAGAAAGAGUUUCAUUCAACUGCUACGCAAGCUCAACCCCAACAAUGCCCUAGCAGUAAUGUAGUGGGGAAUGAAAAUCCGAUCGGAUGGCAAGUACCGCCUAGACUAAAUCUGGAUACAGUAGAUGGUAUUGUACAUCAUAAUUUAGCAUCAAAUUUAGAAGAUAAGAAUACCCCCAUAAAAACUAAGUUUGUCGACCCAUUUAAAAAGACCAAGGAUGCAACACGAACACAAAAAUUUCUUUGGUCCGAACAGCUACGUCAGUUAUCCCCUUGGUCAAACAAACAAAACAUGAAUGAUGCCAAUGAGAGUAAAUCAAAUUUGCGAUCCAGUUCAAAAGCUUUCAUUAAAUCAUCCAAAAAUAAAUUUUUACGGUUGGUGUCUCCCAAAAAAGAGAAUAGAGACCGCUGUAGUGUUAAAAUACGCAAAACACCUCAUCGUAACGUUGGUGUUCAGACUUCAUGUGACGAUGUUUCCCGCCGACAACUUAAUAUUCGCAGUCCAUACGAACAUAGCUCUAGUCCACAAUCUCCACCUGGUAGUUACCAUUCGCCCAUACAAUCCUCAUCCUCAACAACACAUUCGCAAAACACUACUCCAAAUGGCACUGAACAUACUUUAACUCAUUUUGAUUUUUCUCGUACGGUACAUUCGCCACCUAAAAAAGCGCCCCGUUCUAGUCAACGAAAGUUAAAUUUUCCUCUAAAUUGCAAUCAUGCGUGUAAAGAAUUCUCUAUUCAAAAUGUCGACAUUCGUACAACGUCGCAACCCGCAAAUGAGAAAAAAACGUAUCGUUCAUUUAAUUCAGAAUUGGAUCAAGAUGUAUCAAUAUCAAAAAUAAGCUAUAUUCUUAGUAAUAUUCGUGCAAAACUAGAGGCUCGCGAUGACCAUGCUGUGCGUACAUUUCUGGAAACAGAAUGUAUUGAUGAUCAUCGUUUGACUGGCUUUGAUUGCCCUGAUGGUCACCACAGUAAACGCAUUGGGGAUCUUGUCGAAAUACAUGAACAUAUGCAAACACCAGCAAAUCAAGAAAAUCAUUUCAACGAUCCAAUAUACUCUGAAAUUGAAGAUGAUAGUGUUCUUAUAUCAGAGAGUCCAAACUUUGAAAAUCACACUGGUAUUCAACAUUUCAUCGCAGCUGAUAAUCCUCAAAUAUUGUACGCCAAAGUUAAUAAGAACAAUAAACGAGUAUUAGAAGCAAACAGGAUUCAAUUAAAGGAACCAAAACCGCAAAUGCCUUUGGCGAAAAUCAUACAGGAUUCAUUGAAAAAUAAAAAAAUUAUAUCAAAUAUUACUCCACUACCACCACUUCCAGAACCGUCUGGAGAUGAAACUACUUCAUAUUCAUCGCCAACGUCAACUGCUAUACCUCUGCCACAUUGCCAGUCAUUAAAUAAUGUAAGAGUAAUGGAGCAUAAUUCAACCCCGAAAAAACACCGAAAUCUCAGCAAAUCGGAUUUAUCACUUCAUCGCAGUGAAAUAUUCUUGGAAAAUUUAUGUAGAAGUGAAUUGGUGGUGGAUACUGGAAUUGACCGAGAAAACCUGGAAAAAGUACAAAACGAUAACAAGAAUAUACCAAAUCGUUCGUAUGUCUCAAUGGCUCAGCCAUCCCCUAAUGAUGUUUUUAGCAGGUCAUCUGAUAGCGAACACGAAGUUUUGUGUCAUAAUGAUACCGUGUCUUAUGAAUUGCCCAAUGAUAAUGACGAUGUUGAUGGUGUUGCUGAAUCUAUUGAUGCAGAUAACUCUACAACUGCUGGCAGUAAUUUGGGUUUAAGUACAAUUGUUCCUCCAUCAUCUCAUAACCAAAGUACACCUAAGAAGCAAUCCUUUAUGACAAAGGAUAAGUCAAAUACAGCGGAAUUGAAUGUUGACGUAGAGCCGAUGAACAUCAGUAAUAGUUGCCCAAAUACACCACACAAACAAAACGACCAACGACAACAUCCGUCGCAUUCUCUUAGUAUGACUGAGGUAUCCGAAUAUGGGACGGUAUUAAAUUCAAAUGUAAAGGCGACCAAUGCAUCCCUUCGUUACAAAAGCUUAAAAAAUGUAUUGCAGAAAUCUUUUCGAAAAAGCAAAACAUUUAUUAGGGCUGAAGGGAAACGUUUGUCUACAUCUUUGAAUUUUGCAACGAAUAACGGAACAGUAAGCCCGACUUUUGCCCGUGGUAAACAAUCAUUUACAGAGUCGAAUUUUAGUAUUGAGGCCCUAUUCUCCCUAAAUGAAUCCGCAUCGGUUAGUGAACAAAUAGCACAAACAGUGAGCAUUUGUCGCAAAUUGCCCGAUUUGGAAAUUUCGACGGAAAUGGUCGAGGCAGAAAGACUGUUAUUAUUUUCAACAUUACGUCGAGAAAAUAAACAGAGCCCCUCGUCGACAGCAACAAAGAGUCAAACCAUGAAUCAAAAGCCAAAGAUGCGAUUUUUUAUUGACGAUAUGUUUUUGCCUGUACUCUCCGAUGUUAAUCAGGAUAUAUUUUUUAAUUAUUUUUAUAUUGUUACCUUUGAAUGCGGAGGUGUUAUUAAGUCCACACAAUCGGCUGAAUGUGUGAAUGGCACAGCGGUGUUUCGAGACUGUGGCAUUGAAUUCGUGCUUUGCUCGGAAUUGGAAACAAACACAGAAGAGAAGCAAUCUUCCUAUAAGCACAACGCUGUAAAAUGUAAUAUUUUUAUGCUUCGUUUACGUAAAAUAUCUACAAUUUCAAUAGAGCCCAGGAAAAAAACAAUAAUUGAGGCUUUAACACAAAGUCCUUCCACAACAUUGAUGUCGACGUCGUCAUCAUCAUCCUCCAAUGAUGUCGUUUCAAGAUUCCGUUUGCACGCAACUUUCACUAUAGAUGCUAGUGAUUUUGUGCCUUACGAGUAUGUGCAUCAAGAAUCGAACAAUGCUGAUCGGAUUUGUACACGUGCGGCAGGCUUUUGUACCAUACCCUUAACAGCUCGAACCAAAUCCACAAAUUUAUCAGGACAACUACGCUUAAAAGGACGAGCAGAAGUACGUUUUCCAAAACGUGUGUUUGGAGGUUUUUUAAAUGUCGAAGAUCCCCAUUCACAACAUAAUUGGAAUCGACGUUGGUGUACGUUGGAUGGUAUAUUUUUUUAUGUGUGGCAAGAUGAAAGUAGUCUGAAUAUGACACCCCUUCUAGUUCUUGAUUUGCGGGAUACUAGACGUAAUACAAAUUACCCUUUGACUUGUUCACCAAGAGAACUUUGCGCACGUCCUCGCUCAUUUUGUUUAGAGUGUAAAAAACAUGAAUCUUGCGAAGAUGUAUCCAACUUCACGGUAUUUUUUGCAGCCGAAACACAGGAGAAUUUGGAUGACUGGCUAAAGAACUUAAAUAUUGUGAUGGAUUUCAUUGUCACAUGGCUAUAGUAAAAAUACAUUAAUUUUAGUUAUAUAAUUAAAAUAAAUAUUAAAGUAUGGGAAAAUGGC